AUGCUAUUGCGCUUCUGCUGCCUUUUUUUUUUUUUUCCUCUCGGCUCCCGUCACCGCGAGGUCUGGGAGCAGCUGUCGGGCGCUUCGCCUCCACGCAGUCGCAGAAAGAAAAAGGCGAAUAAAGGUAGAUUGAUUGAUCGCGCCUGCUCCCGCCCACUCUUAGCCGGCGCGGCUGCAGUUACUCCGCACCGACGGACUAAGUUAUUUUUAGUUGCCUUCUGCCAAUCCUUCCAACUGUCUUUUGUAUUUGUUGUUGUUGUUGUUGCUGUUCCUCGCUUCUUGUGCCGUCGACCUAAAUUCUCCCGCAGCUCCCGUGUGUGCGUGUGUGCGUGUGUGUGUUGCGUCGGGCGGGGGGUGAGGGGGAGAUGGAGCACAUCCGAAAGACGAACAAAAAAUUGGGUGUCGGGGCGAGGGGCGUCGUGUACGAGGGCUACGACGAGGAGCGCGGCAGGUUCGUCGCUGUGA